AUGGCGACGCCGACGGGUUUUCCGCUUCCGGAAGGGUACUUUUCCUGCCCCGCCCUCUCGCCGGACGACGUGAAGCGGUACAAAGCGCUCGGUGAAGCCGCAAGUCUUGAACUGGUGCAACGCGCGAAGCUGCACAACGGAGCCAUCCAGUGGUCUCUGCACGCAGACACCAAGGACGUGCAAAUCUACUGCGGCCACGACUCAAACGCCCCGUCGACGACAACGACGUGGUGUGGCAUCACUCUUGUGCCUUCGUCGCUCAGCGAGAUUGCCGCCGCUUUUCAGUGUUCCAACACGCAGCAGUACCGCGAGUAUUGCCGACGGUUCACCCGCGACUGCCUGGACGCAGUCAACUUGUACUCGCUCCAACCACCAACGGUCGCACAGCCGUUUUGCUCGGCCAACCUCCGAUGGCACGUUCAGCAGAGCCCCGUGCCUUCCUUUGUCAAGCAUCGAGACUACGUCUUCCUGGAGAGCUGCCAUGCCUUCUCCGUGAGAGGGACGUCCCUUCGAGGGUGGGUACAAGCGAUCAUAUCGGUGGACCUACCGUGUUGCCCAGCUUUCCCAGCUUCAUUCAAUGUCGUCCGCGGCGUCCAGCACUUGUCUGGUUACGUAUUUCUCGAAUGCUACGACCAGCCGGGCCACGUGCGCGUCGCGAGCUUGUGGCACCUCGACCCCAAGGGCAAAGUGCCAAAGUGGAUCAUCAGCAACGCGAUCAAGCAGCGAUGCAUGGCGCUCCAGACCGACUUGAACUUGAAUUUUCAAAAAGUGCGGCUGCUCCACUCGAUGCCGGCGCUCCUGCCGCUGCACGCGAUGAUUCCACUGGGCCAUCGCCUGCGCUGUUUUGCGUGUCAAAAGCGCUUUCGACCUUUCAGUCGCAAACAAAACUGCCGCGUGUGCGGCGAAGUCGUAUGCCGGCGGUGCUCGCAGACGUGGCAAACCAAAGAACUCGACGUGUGCCUCUGCGUCGUGUGCUCGAUGGAAAUGGUCAAACGCCCCGUGGUGGCUCGACGACGGCCUUGCGGGGAGCAUGCGGGCGUGUACAGCAACGACGAAACGAUCGGCGAUAACUUGAGUACCAUGUCGUCGUCUCACAGCGACGACGUGUACACGGUGCCCGUCCUGCAUCACGUCCACGAUGAAGACGUGGCGGCCGAAAUUACGGUCGAAGAUUUCCUCAAUAUGAUCUCCAUCCUGGAAGGCCACGACGGCGCGCGCCGGACGUCGAUCGAUGCCAUGACAGUCGAUGACGCCACCGAAAGCUAUGUGGCCGACACGUGCCGCAACGACUUGAUUCAAUUGCCGUGGAAUUGGGGGGAUGUCGACGACAUAACCCCCAGGCGCAUGAAGUAAAUUCGUGCACCAACUGCACAUUUAACGAAAUCGGAUGAGGCGUGUUGGUCGGCGACAAGUCCUUGAUUGC